AUGCCCCCGUCCCACCGCACCGGCCAGGGGCGCACCACCAAGCCACUAGGUGGAGCAAGUAGCAGACACCGGGAGCGGGGAUCAGGGGUCAAGAGCAGCGCAGCAAUGCAGCCGCCUCCGCCGCGUAAGGUGAGACCGGGACCGGGACCGGGACCGGGACCGGGACCGGGACCAAAACUAAGACUGAAAUGGAGAUCGGGGCAGGGCGCACCGGAGCAGGUCCAGGCAUCCGGACUUGCGAUCGUUCCGGUGUCCUCCGUCGGUGCCAGUGGCAUCCCGCGCCGGGUCCUGCAGUGGGCGUCAGGGUUCACCACCCCGGCUGGACAAUGGCCCCACGCAGCCGGGGACUGGGGGCGGUGGAUACCGGCACCGGGGCCGGUGAGGGCAGCGCACCCCUUGCCCCCGCCGUGCCGGGGCCUGAGCGCUGCCGUCCCGCAGGUGAAGCUCACGCAGGAGGUGCGGAUCCACCUCCUGGAGCAGCUCUCGGGCCUGCAGGGCAAGCAGCAGCGAGACGCAGAGCUGCUGGAGGACAUCAGGUCCUACAGCAAGCAGAGGGCUGCCAUCGACAGGGAGUAUGGCCAGGCACUGCAGAGGCUGGCGAGCCAGUUCCUGAAGAGAGACUGGCAGAGGGGCCGUGGCGAGGCCGGCGAUUCCAGGAGCUCGGUGGCUGUCUGGAAGGGCAUCAUUGAGGGCACCGCUCAGGCCGGGCAGCUCCGCGUCACCGCCGCCGACAGCUACCGAGCCCUGGCUGCAGAGGCUGCCCGCAGCCACAGGCUCUCCAAGGAGAGGAUGCUCAAGAAGGGCAUUGAGAGGCUGCAGAAGGCUCAAGCAGAGCUGCUGGAGACAGUGAAGGAGCUGGACAAGGCCAAGAAGCAGUUCACUCACCUGCAGCGCAGCAGUGAGGUGGCCAAGGACAAGGCAGCCGACGUGGAGGCACGGCUGAGGAAGAGCGACAGGAGGAUAUUCCACACCAAGGCCAGCCUGCAGAAGCUCAGUGCCAAGUUCUCAGCCAGGCUGGCAGAGCACUCGAGGCAGCUGGCAGGGGUGCAGAACGAGUAUGGCUUCGCCCUGGCCGCUGCCAGUGCCCACCUGCAGCAUUACCAGCGGGUGGAGCUGCCGGCAGCCAUGCAGGCUGUGGAUGGGGACCUGUACGAGCGGCUGCGGGAUCACUUGUCCAUGGCCAGCAGGACAGAGGUGGACACCUGCAGGGCCACCAGGGACUGGUUCCAGGGGGUCGCAGAGGCCUCAGCGAGGGUAUCCAGGGAGCAGGACCUCCUCCUCUUCCUGCAGGACCACCCCAGCUUUGCCCUGGCCCCCCACCAGCAGCUGCAGCUCACCAGGGUGGAGGAGGUGUCCCUGCUGCCCCCAGGGGACGAUGGGGCCAGCCUGGAGAAGGAGGCUCGGCGCUGGGCUACGCGGGUGGCCAGGGACCUCAAGAACAAGGAGCACAGCGAGGAGGUGCUGCAGAGGCUGGAGGCCAGGAGGCAGCAGGUGCCGGAGGCGGAGGCGGAGAGGCGAAUGGAGGAAGCCAGGGAGAGCAUCCGGAGGGCAGAGGUCAGCCGGGUGAAGGCGGAGGCACGGCUGGCACUGCUGCGGGCAGCAGGGCUGGAUGUGGACUCUUGGCUGGCAGGGGCCAUGGGGGGGGCAGGGGAGGAGGUGCCCACUGGGCUGGACCCAGCUGAGUUCAGUGACUCUGAGGACAGCGACGAGCCGGAGGGGGCGCAGGAGGCCGGCCCCGCCGCCCGCACCUACCCCUACACCUGCAGGGUCAUCUUCGGCUACCAGGGCUGCCAGGCAGACGAGCUGUCCAUCAGCCAGGGCGAGGAGCUGGAGGUGCUGGAGGAUGGGGAUGCGGAGGAGUGGGUGAAGGCUCGGAACAAGGCAGGCCAGGUUGGCUACGUCCCCGAGAAGUACCUUCUGUCCCUGGGGGGUGAGGCAGGGGCCGGGGCCGGCCCCCCAGGCCCCUCUGCCCUGCACCGUCAGCUUUCCAGCAUCAUGGCCGCAGAGCUGGUGCUGGAGCCCGGAGCCUGGCUGGUGCGAGCCCUGUACGACUACGAGGGGCAGAGCCCCGAGGAGCUGAGCUUCCCCGAGGGAGCCAUCAUCAGGGUGCUGCCCAGGGCCCCUGGCGAGGUGGACGACGGCUUCUGGACCGGGGACUUCGACGGCCGCCUUGGGGUCUUCCCCUCCUUGGUGGUGGAGGAGCUCACUGGGGGCCAAGGGGCAGCUGGGCAGGAGCUGCCCUCGCCCUCCCCACCGCCCUUCUCCCCUCCCAGCCUCCUGCCCGAGGCCAGCCUGGACCAGUGCCCCCCUCCUGAAGCACCCCUGGGAGGUUGCCGCCAGGAUGGCACAGGCAGCGGGCACAGCUCUCCGGACCUGGCAGCCAGCCGCCUCCGGCCGCUGCGGGCGCCCCCUCCCCCGCCUGGCAGAGCCCCCGAGCCUGACCCCGAGCUGCACUUCAGCUGAUCCUCUGGGUGCCCCCCACGGGGCACUGCCCACCAGAAACCUUCACCCAAGCCAGCCCCCAUGGCUGCUGUGCCAGCAGCAGGGACUGGUGCUGCCCCGGGGCCCCGAGCUGGUCUCAUGGAGGGCCACAUCCUGCCCAGCACUGCUUCUGUCCCUGGAGGCCCCAGCAGGGCAUCCUAGCAGCCUUUAUCCUGGGGUGCUGAGUGCCAUGGCUGUGCCCCCCUCACCCAGCCACCUGCCUGGCAUCCCCCAUGCACCCUGGGGUGCUGAGUGCCAUGGCUGUGCCCCCCCUCACCCAGCCGCCUGCCUGGCAUCCUCCAUGCACCCUGGGGUGCUGAGUGCCAUGGCUGUGCCCCCCUCACCCAGCCACCUGCCUGGCAUCCCCCAUGCACCCUGGGGUGCUGAGUGCCAUGGCUGU